UUUCCAAGAGUACGCAUAAAAUAACUUGAGCAUAUUGAAGCAUCUUUCAAGUGUUUCAUGUUUGAAAUGCUUAAAACCAUAUCACAAUAAUAACGCAAAUUGUAAUAUUCCUGUACCAUGUUAUGUUUGAACAUACGACAGUUUUCAGUUUUUUGUUCAACGUUUUCACGUUAGUAGAUGCAAGUAAUUUCACUCAUGCAAAUUUCCAAUUGAGGACCAUUUCUUUGUUCUGUUCAUGCCAGUUCGUGCUCAAAUGAAUUGCACGGUAGCGCCCUCGUGUGGUGAUGAUCAAAAGUACGAGGGAAAAGUUCAGAUGAUUCCUGAGCAACAGGGACGCACUUCCCUAGAUACGGGUUGAUGACAAACCUUGCUGGGGCAUGCUAGCUACAGGUGCAAAAUGCCUACCAUAUAAACACGCUAAAAAUAUAUUUUUGUUUUCAUAAAGAGAAUAGCUGCAAUAACAGAUGUCCAAAACUGGUAUUCGAUUAACUUAGUGGUCUGAGCAGACAGUGUCCGUGAACUAAUGUGCAGGCUGCAACUUCGAAUAUGCUUGUUUACUGAUAGCACAGAACAACAUGAUUCAGAGUGAAAAGCAAAGACAUAAUGGUGAUGAGGAGGUUGUCAAAGAACUGUGUAUUGCCAAUGGGGUGUCUUAUGAGAAGAUACCCCAGGAAGGUAGCAGCAUCACAGCCCUGGAGGUGUUCUUCUCAGGUUAUCCUCGUAUGGUUGGCCUCUCCCUUUUUCCAAGGCUGUGCCAGCUCACAUUGGUAGGCCAGAGUAUCAGUCACAUCAAGGGCCUUGAGUCCUGUCCCCUGCUUCGGGAGUUCUGGGUGGUGGAAUGCCAGCUGACAGACAUUUCUGGACUUCAGAAUUGCCAUCAGUUACAGAAGCUGUACCUCUAUGACAAUCAGAUCAGUAAGAUUGAGAAUUUGGAGUCACUUGUCAAUCUACAGGUGCUGUGGCUUAACAAUAACUUCAUCACUCACAUAGAGGGAUUAAACAGACUUCAAAAGCUGAGAGAGCUGAAUCUAGCUGACAAUAACAUUGAGAAGAUAGGACACAGUCUUGAUCCUAAUAUCAGCAUUGAAAAUCUGAAUUUAUCUGGGAACAAGAUCUGCUCUUUUAAGGAGCUGACCCUCCUGGCCCCAUUGACCUGUCUGAGAGUGUUGGGACUGAAGGACCCCCAGUCAAGUCCCACCCCAGUAUGUCUGCUGUGUAACUAUGCCACCCACGUGCUCUACCACAUGCCAGGCCUCCAGCGGCUUGACACCUACGACGUCUCCAGCAAGCAUUUGAAGGACGCUGCUGAGUCCACUGUGAUUAAGAAGAUGAUGUACUACAACAUGCGUGUGCGGACAGCCCAGAGGAACCUGGCAGAGACCCAGGCCAAUCUGCUGGAGAACAAGAGGAAUCUCUUACAGCUGCCAGAGGACCGCAUCAGAGCUCUCAAUUAUACCCUCAAAAACCUGGAGUGUGAGCUGUCGGAGGUGCAGGCCCUGUGCAGGAAGUCGGCCCGUACCUGGGAGGAUGGACUGUCACCGCUGAGUGAGGGCUCAGGGGACCGCAGUGAUACCCUUGCUGACAUCACCCGCGACCCCGGCCUGGAACACAAGAUCCUCUCCAAGCUGGACACCCUGAAGGAGAGGUUGCAAUUUUGGAACAGGAAGCUGGAGGAGAUUGAGUCCUGGUACCAGCGGGACUUGGCCCAAGCCACCAAAAGGAACGAGAUGAUGGUCUACUUUCUGCUGAUGGAGCUUGAGACAGUGGGGAAUAUUCGGUUUGAAGAGGGCUGCUCCACAGACCCCUGGUUCACUUCCUGUUAUGACCUCCUGCUCUCCCGGUUCUGUGCGUGGGACUACAAGGCUCAUGGCAUCACUGGCAUCAAGAUCAACCGUAUCAUCCGCAUCCAUAACCGUUCGCUACGGCUUCGUUUCGAGGACAAGCUUCAUACCCUGUUGGCCAGCGAAGAGUCGACAAUGUUCUCACAGAAUUACAAACGCUGGUUGGAGUACCUGUUCUAUGUGUAUGAUCCUGAAAGAACCAGUGAGAAGAAUGAGAUGUUGCACAUUCCAGAGGACGGCUUUAAAACAGCAGAUAUGUAUAAGGCCCUGGGCAGAGAGAGAGCUGUACCCUUGUCUAACAGCCUGAGUGUGACGGACAGCCCCAGGAUUGAGUACACACAGCGACAGGCCAACCAAGGCACCUCCAAGCAGAGCAUAGACCCUCUUCUUUUCAGACAUGGUCAGCUCAUAGUGUCCAAAGUGUUCCUGGGCCGCAGCUUCCCCAUCCAUGAAGGGGAUUCAGUGGACGCCCUCAACUACCCCAAAGCUCACUCUGUUUACCGCAAUGUGAGCCCAGAGCAGGUCCAUAAGACAAAUGGAGAGAGGCCUUGCUCCUCCAAUAUCCACAGUGGCUGUGACUGCAGUCUGAGACAGAGUCAGUGGUUUGUAUUUGACCGUGAGCUUGUCCUGCCGGAGUACCUCAUCGACUUUGAGUAUAUCACGCAGGACCGAGCCCAGCCUGCGUUCCCAGAGCUCAGCAGCAGAGGCACAGACAACCCCCCUCCCAACGAUAUCAACCUGGACGAAGAGACUCUAAACAUGGAGCCCAUGCUCAAACCGCGGCCCAAGCUGCUGUGCCUGGACGAGAAGACUUUACUCAAUGUAGCCAGGGCCAACGUCCUCAGUCAGAUUACAGUGUUGAAUCUCCAUGGCAACAGCCUGAGUAAACUGAAGGAGAUCUCUCGUCUGACAGCCCUGCGCCGCCUGACUAUCAGCUUCAAUGAGUUUACACAACUAGAUGACAUCUCCCACAUGCCCAACUUGGAGUUUGUGGACGCCAGCUACAACCACCUGCUGACCCUGGAGGGGCUGAGGGGGCUGGGGCGGCUCAAUCAACUGGACCUGCGCUGGAACCAGCUGACCCGCGCUAGGGAGGAGACGGCUGUGCUCCGGAAACAUGCCCCCACCCUGCUGAGACUGGACACCCGCCACAACCCCUGGCAUAGGCCCGAGGCGGUAAGGAUGACGGUUUUGGGACGUCUGAUUAGCCUUACACACCUGGAUGACAUGCUGGUGACAGAGGAAGAGGCAGGCGCUGCUGUUCAGAUGGCUGCAGGCUCCAGAAUCAGCCAGGCAUCUCUGCUGGCCCACUCCCGGACGGACAGUGAGCGUCCCCGCAGUCUCAGCCUGCUCUCUGCAGCCCAGCUCCUGGAUCAACUCAGCCCCUCGCCCUGGGACAUCACUGGAGACCUAGAGCAAGGCUGGACCACCAAGAUCACAGCCCUUAACCUUGACAGCCAGAGGCUCUCCAGGCUCACCAACCUGGACAAACUGGUCAACCUGCGCUGGGCCUCCUUCAAUGACAACAACAUCUCUAAAGUGGAGGGGCUGGACAACUGCCAGCAUCUAGAGGAGCUGUCCCUCAAUGACAACUGCAUCUCUAGGCUCGACGGUGUGUCCAAACUGCACCAGCUCACUAAGCUCAGUGUGAAUGGGAACCAGCUGUCCUGUCUGGAUGGCACUGUCCUGGACCGGAUGCCCAACCUCCACUUCUUGUCUGUGGAGAACAACUGCAUUGGCUCCCUGAACGGGGUGCAUAGGGCCCGCUCACUAUUCGAGCUGUACAUAGGCAACAACAUCAUCACCUCCACACGAGACAUCUACCACCUAAAGGCUUUGACAAACUUAAUCAUUCUGGAUCUGUACGGUAAUCCUUUAGUGGAUAAACUGGAAAGCUACAGGAUUUAUGUGGUGUUCCAUCUACCCUCUCUAAAGGCACUGGAUGGGGUUGCAGUGGAAAUGACGGAGUGUGAGAACGCCAAGGAUGUGUUUGGUGGACGCCUGACCCCUGACAUGGUGGCAGAGAAACUGGGACACUCCAACUACUCCGACGUCGUUGAUCUCAACCUGCAGUCCAGUGCUAUCAGUAUGGUGGACCUGGCCCCAGCAGACCUGUUCCACAACAUGCGCAGUGUCAACCUGGAGCACAACAACCUCACCUCCUUCAGUGGCCUUGUCUACCUGCCCAACAUCAAGGCACUAUGUUUGAACUAUAACCACAUAGAAUCCAUCCUGCCCAGGCAGAAGGCCCAGGCCCCCCUGACUAACAGACAGAUUCUCUAUCACAAGGUGAACUCCAGUGGCUAUGGCCAGCAGGGCUCAUCAAAAGGCAGCAGGGAAGUGGGUCCUGUGGACAGCCUAGAGCCACUAAUGAGCAGCCUGGAGGUGCUGCAUUUGAGCCACAAUGGCAUCUCAAAUAUGGCCAAUCUGCAGCUCAGCAGGCUCACAAAUCUCAAAGCACUCUUCCUCCAAGGUAAUGAGAUCAGCCAGGUGGAGGGCUUGGAGGGUCUGCAUCAGCUCCGGGAGCUGGUCUUGGACCGGAACCGGAUCAAGGCCCUGGGGGAGAACUCCUUUUUUGGUCAGGCUUUUCUGCUGGAGCUGCACCUGGCAGAGAACCGCCUACGGGAACUUAACCACCUCCAACCCCUUACCGAGCUGAGGAGGCUGUUCCUGGGCAUGAACAAACUACAGGACAUCUCAGAGCUGGACAAGCUAGAAGUCCUUCCCUCCCUGAUUGAGCUGUCAGUUGUAGGGAAUCCUGUGGCCCGGAGAUCCCUCCAUAGGCCGGCAGUGGUACUACGCCUCUCCAGACUGCAGGUUCUGGAUGGGGUGAUGGUCACCCUGGAGGAGAGGACCAGGGCUGAGCUACUCUGCACAGAGGUCCAGUGCCCAAUGGCUCAUGGAUCCGGCAUGGAUAUGAACCUGCCUGGCCUGCUUCCCCUCAUGUCCCGGACUGCCCCUCUGCGGGGGACCAGUCUGAGUGGAGGACUGCAGCUGCAGCACUUCCUGGGUCAUGAGAUCCUGAUGCCCUGCAACUUGGAUGAAGCACUGCCCCAUGACACGCCCAAACACAAGAAGCAAAAACACAGCAGCGCUGCCCACCACGCCCGCAGUGCCCAGGCAGAGAUGACCUUUAGGCAGAUCAGAGGAAUGGCAAGUACCCUGCCAUCCACCGGCCUCCUUCCUAACGGGUACAGGGUCCUGAUUACCAACCUCGAGCAGGACAGCAGAUACCAGAGUGGUGGUGCUCCUAAACCCCCACCCAUUUAGCACCCCAGGGGUUUGGGCAGAGGAAUGGGAGACACUACUAUGGGCACGAGGAAGUAGAGAAAUGGGAGGGUCCUUAUACUCCUGUGUGGGUCAUUGCACACAUGCAGAGUAAGAGUGGGAAGUAUUGUUCAGCUAAAUUCGGUUCACUUCUGCUCCAUAGACUGUAGGUUAGUGAACUGCGGAUAACCCCCUUUCCUUUAGUUUGUCUGUUUAUAAAUGUACACUGAACAAAAAUAUAAACUCAACAUGUAAAGUGUUGGUCCCAUGUUUCAUGAGCUGAAAUGUUCCAUAUGCACAAAAAGAUUGUUUCUCUCAAAUGUUGUGCACAAAUUUGUUUACAUCCCUGUUGGUGAGCAUUUCUCCUUUGCCAAGAUAAUCCAUCCACCUGACAGGUGUGGCAUGUCAAGAAGCUGAUCAAACAGCAUGAUCAUUACACAAGUGCACCUUGUGCUUGGGACAAUAAAAGGCCACUCUAAAAUGUGUAGUUUUGUCACACAACACAAUGCCACAAAUGUCUCAAGUUUCUAGGGAGCGUGCAAUUGGCAAGAUGACUGCAGGAAUGUCCACCAGAAAUGUUGCCAGAUAAUUUAAUGUUCAUUUCUCUACCAAAAGCCACCUCCAAUGUCAUUUUCGAGAAUUUGGCAGUACUUUCAACAGGCCACACAACCGCAGACCACGUGUAUGGCAUCGUGUGAGCGAUUUGCUGAUAUCAACGUUGUGAACAUAGUGCGACAUGGUGUGGUUAUGGUAUGGGCAGUCUUAUGCUACGGACAACAAACACAAUUGCAUUUAAUCGAUAGCAAUUUGAAUGCACAAAAAUACCGUGACGAGAUCCUGAGGCCCAUUGUGAGGCCCAUUUUUUUUUUUUUAGGUUUCUGUUACCAAUUCCCAGUCAUGUGAAAUUGAAAGAUUAGGGCAUAAUGAAUGUAUUUCAAUUAACUGAUUUCCUCAUAUGAACAGUAAGUCAGUAAAAUCUCUGAAAUUGUUGCAUGUUGCGUUAACAUUUUUGUUCAGUAUAUUUACUUUUGUGACUUAUAUAAUGUGAAACAUGAACUGCUGUAUGCUUUGUCAAAAUAUAUGUGAUGUCGAUACUUUACGUUUUUUUUCUUUUCAUUUUCACAAACACGUUCAGGGCCAGUGAGCUGAUGAUACUUGAAAAGUCCAGUUGAAGUUGGAAGUUUACAUACACUUAGUUUGGAGUCAUUAAAACUCAUUUUUCAACCACUACACAAAUUUCUUGUUAACAAACUAUAGUUUUGGCAAGUCGGUUAGGACAUCUACUUUGUGCAUGACACAAGUAAUUUUUCCAACAAUUGUUUACAGACAGAUUAUUUCACUUAUAAUUCACUGUAUCACAUUUCCAGUGGGUCAGAAGUUUACGUACACUAAGUUGACUGCCUUUAAACAGCUUGGAAAAUUCCAGAAAAUGAUGUCAUGGCUUUAGAAGCUUCUGAUAGGCUAAUUGACAUAAUUUGAGUCAAUUGGAGGUGUACCCCUGGAUGUAUUUCAAGGCCUACCUUCAAACUCAGUGCCUCUUUGCUUGACAAGGGAAAAUCAAAAGAAAUCAGUCAAAUUGUAGACCUCCACAAGUCUGGUUCAUCCAGCAAUUUACAAAUGCCUGAAGGUACCAUGUUCAUCUGUACAAACAAUAGUACGCAAGUAUAAACACCAUGGGACCAAGCAGCCGUCAUACCGCUCAGGAAGGAGACUCAUUCUGUCUCCUAGAGAUUAAUGUACUUUGGUGCAAAAAGUGUAAAUCAAUCCCAGAACAACAGCAAAGGACCUUGUGAAGAUUGCAAGCUGAUGAACACCAUCCCAACUGUGAAGCAAGUGGAUGGCAGCAUCAUGUUGUGGGGGUGCUUUGCUGCAGGAGGGACUGGUGCACUUCACAAAAUAAAUGGCAUCAUGAGAAAGGAAAAUUAUGUAGAUAUAUUGAAGCAACAUCUCAAGACAUCUGUCAGGAAGUUAAAGCUUGGUCGCAAAUGGGUCUUCCAAAUGGACAAUGACCCCAAGCAUACUUUCAAAGUUGUAGCAAAAUGGCUUAAGGACAACAAAGUCAAGGUAUUGGUGUGGCCAUCACAAAGCCCUGACAUCAGUCCCAUAGAAAAUGUGUGGGCAGAACUAUAAAAGUGUGUUCGAGCAAGGAGGCUUACAAACCUGACUCAGUUACACCAGCUCUGUCAGGAGGAAUGGGCCAAAUUAACCCAACUUAUUGUGGGAGGCUUGUGGAAGGCAACCCAAACCUUUUGACUCAAGUUAAACAAUUUAAAGGAAAUGCUACCAAAUACUAAUUGAGUGUAUGUAAACAUCUGACCCACUUGGAAUGUGAUGAAUGAAAUAAAAGCUGAAAUAAAUCAAAUCAAAUCCAAGUUUAUUUGUCAGGUGCGCCGAAUACAACAGGUGUAGUAGACCUUACUGUGAAAUGCUUACUUACAGGCUCUAACCAAUAGUGCAGAGAAAAAAAAAGAAUGUGUAGGUAAGUAAAGAAAUAAAACAACAGUAAAAAGACAUUUGAAAAUAAGAGUAGCAGGGCUAUAUACAGACACUGGUUAGUCAGGCGUAUUAUGUAAAUGUGUGUAUGGUUAAAGUGACUAUGCAUAUAUGAAGAACAGAGAGUAGCAGUAGCGUAAAAAGAGGGGUUGGCGGGUGGUGGGACACAAUGCAGAUAGCCCGGUUAGCCAAUGUGCGGGAGCACUGGUUGGUCGGGGCAAUUGAGGUAGUAUGUACAUGAAUGUAUAGUUAAAGUGACUAAGCAUAUAAGAUAAACAGAGAGUAGCAGCAGCGUAAAAGAGCGGUUGGCGGGGGCACACAAUGCAAAUAGUCCGGGUAGCCAUUUGGUUACCUGUUCAGGAGUCUUUUGGCUUGGGGGUAAAAACUGUUGAGAAGCCUUUUUGUCCUAGACUUGGCACUCCGGUACCGCUUGCCAUUCGAUCGUAGAGAGAACAGUCUCUCUACUGUUAUUCUGAUAUUUCACAUUCUUAAAAUAAAGUGGUGAUCCUAACUGAUGUAAAACAGGGAAUUUUUACUGGGAUUAAAUGUCAGGAAUUGUGAAAAACUGAGUUUAAAUGUAUUUGGCUAUGGUUUAUGUCAACUUCUGACUUCAACUGUGUAUACAGUAUCCCUAUGUUAGGAGAGUGGGGCAUGAACAACUGUCUCUUUCUAUCAACAACUGUUAUUCUCCAACCAGUGACCCCUGUAAUCUAUUUAAUACUGUGAGGUUUUGAGUCAUGUCCAUUACACUCCUUUCCUUGCCUCCAAAACUGAAAAAAUAAUAAACACCCACAGAUGCAA